AUGUGUGUCCUCUUACUAAUGGCCGCUUCGAGAGGGAGUAGAAGGGGCAGAAGCGUUGCUUAGGGUUACGCCGAUCCUUCUACGACGUGUUGCUAUCGGCGGGGGGUCGCGAGGGCUUGAGGCUUGUGAUGCGAGGGGACGGGGGUGCUUCCCCUUACCACUGUCGAGCCGGAAGAAGAGGGAGCGCGACGGGUGCUAGGGUUUGCGUUCUCUCGAGGAGGGUUAGAUUGGGAUACUCUGUCUAAGGUUCUUUCCUUUUUCUUUUGGGGUGGGGAGACGGCGAUGAUUGUGUCAGGGAAGGAGGCGGGGAAGGGGCAGAAGCUGGCUAUGGACGCGGGGAAGUACGUGCGGUACACGCCCGAGCAGGUGGAGGCGCUCGAGAGGGUGUAUAAUGAGUGCCCGAAGCCCAGCUCGCUGAAGCGGCAACAGCUGAUCAGGGAGUGCCCUAUUCUGUCCAACAUCGACCCGAAGCAGAUCAAGGUUUGGUUCCAGAAUCGCAGAUGUCGUGAGAAACAAAAGAAAGAGGCAUGCCGACUCCAAGCAGUUAACAGGAAGUUGACUGCCAUGAACAAAUUAUUGAUGGAGGAGAAUGACCGACUGCAGAAGCAGGUGUCUCAACUUGUUUGUGAAAAUGGCUAUAUGCGCCAGCAGCUUCACAAUGCAUCUGUAGCAACUACAGAUACCAGUUGUGAGUCUGUAGUGACAAGUGGUCAGCACCACCACCAACAAAAUCCAACCCCUCAAUGCCCGCAAAAGGAUCCUAACAACCCAGCUGGACUGCUUGCAAUUGCGGAGGAGACCUUGGCAGAGUUCCUCUCAAAGGCUACUGGAACUGCUGUUGAAUGGGUUCAGAUGGUUGGAAUGAAGCCUGGUCCGGAUUCCAUUGGAAUCAUUGCUGUUUCCCGCAAUUGUAGUGGAGUAGCAGCUCGAGCCUGUGGUCUUGUGAAUCUAGAACCCACAAAGGUUGCAGAGAUUCUAAAAGAUCGUCUAUCUUGGUAUCAUGAUUGCCGAUGCCUUGAUGUGCUUACAGUAAUUCCUACUGGAAAUGGAGGAAAUAUUGAACUAUUAUACAUGCAGACAUAUGCACCUACUACUUUGGCAUCAGCACGUGACUUUUGGAUUCUCAGAUACACUACAUGUCUCGAAGAUGGCAGUCUUGUGAUCUGUGAAAGAUCGCUGACUCCAUCAACUGGUGGUCCUGUUGGGCCAGCUGCUUCAGAUUUUGUUAGAGCCACGAUGCUUCCCAGUGGCUAUCUUAUUCGUCCAUGUGAGGGAGGUGGUUCAAUGAUGCACAUUGUUGAUCAUGUUGAUUUGGAUGUUUGGAGUGUGCCUGAGGUUAUCAGACCGUUGUAUGAAUCACCCGAAAUUUUAGCACAGAAAAUGACUCUUGCUGCAUUACGACACAUAAGGCAAAUUUCACAAGAAGCCAGUGGUGAAAUUGCUUAUGUUGGUCGACACCAACCUGCUGUAUUGAGGAAUUUUAUUCGGCGAUUGAGCAGAGGCUUCAAUGAUGCUGUAAAUGGUUUUGCCGAUGAUGGUUGGUCACUGAUGGGCAGCGACGGUGUUGAGGAUGUGACUAUUGCCAUAAAUUCAUCACCGAACAAAUUUCACAGAUCUCACUUUAAUUCUUCAACAGCGUUUUCUGGCAUUGGUUGUGGAAUCUUAUGUGCAAAAGCAUCAAUGUUGCUGCAGAAUGUGCCACCUGCUUUACUGGUUUGCUUUUUGAGGGAACAUCGUUCUGAAUGGGCUGAUUUUGGCGUUGAUGCUUAUUCUGCUUCAUCACUGAGAGCUAGCCCAUAUGCAGUUCCUGGUGUGAGAUCUGGCAGUAACUUUGUAGGCAAUCAGAUUAUACUUCCUCUUGCUCAUACAACUGAACAUGAAGAGACCUUGGAGGUGGUGAGGAUUGUAGACCAUGGGUUUAACCAAGAUGAUGUAUUAUCUAGAAACAUCCACUUGCUACAGCUUUGUCGCGGCGUUGACGAAAAUGCAGCAGGUGCUUGUGCACAGCUUGUUUUUGCACCUAUUGAUGAAUCUUUUGCAGAUGAUACCCCUCUUCUAACCUCAGGUUUUCGCAUAAUACCGUUAGAUUCCAGACCGGAUGGUCCAAAAGCUACUCGAACCCUUGAUUUGGCAUCCACACUUGAGGUUGGUUCUGGAGCUGCAGCACACACUGCAAAUAAGACUACUUGUAGUGCAUUCAACUCAAGAUCAGUUAUGACUGUAGCAUUCCAGUUUACAUAUGAGAAUCACCUCCGGGAAAAUGUGGCUGCAAUGGCACGACAGUAUGUUCGAAGUGUGGUGACAUCAGUUCAGAGAGUUGCUAUGGCAAUUGCACCUUCACGACUGGGUUCUCAUAUUGGGGCCAAACAGCCACUUGGUUCACCUGAAGCCCACACACUGGCACAAUGGAUUUUUCGAAGUUACAGAUUCCAUAUUGGGGUGGAUCUCUUUCAAGCAGACUCCCAUACGAGUGAAUCAUUGCUGAAGAAUCUGUGGCACCAUUCAGAUGCAAUCGUGUGCUAUGCUUUAAAGGUUCCUUCUAUUUUUAACUUUGCCAACCAAGCAGGUCUCGACAUGCUAGAAACAACUCAUGUAGCUCUGCAGGAUAUAACGCUGGAGAAGAUUCUUGAUGACAGCAGCAGGAAGGUGCUUAAUGCAGAGUUUCCCAAGAUCAUGCAACAGGGCUUUGCUUAUCUUCCUGCCGGCAUCUGCUCGUCGAGCAUGGGGAGGCCGAUAUCUUAUGAACAAGUGGUAGCAUGGAAGGUCUUAAAUGAUGUGGACUCACCCCAUUGUCUUGCUUUCAUGUUUGUAAAUUGGUCUUUUGUUUGAGAAACCUGCGUAGUCCAGGUCUGAAGAAGCAUCUGUGUCUGGAUGAAACUACAAGCAUCUCCUUAUAUUAUGUCUUGGUUUCCAGUUUACCAUCCAUGGAAAGUCUGGACAUUCUUCUCAGGCCUACUUCCCUUUGUGUUCUAACACUACCUUCCACAAAGUUAGAUGCUGUUUGGACUUGUUUGCUUUUCUA